AUGGUGUCAGUCUUAGUGUCAUUCCAAGCAAUGAACUUGUAUCUAAAACAAACGGAAUGUUAGUCAUCAACGUGUCAUCAGUUCCAACUGCAACUGAGAUACGUCUGAGUCGAAAUAAUGUUGUAUUCUUCUCAUCAUCUAAAGGAAGUCUCAACAGACCAAUAGGAACUGUCAUAGUGAAUGAGAACAAUCACAUACAGUACAUCUUUACUGUUGAUAAAAGCUGGAACACUACUGUAACGGCAUAUGCUAACCAUUUGCUAGGGAGUGAUACGGCAACUCAAAUUAUUAACGUAAUUGUAGAUCCUCCUGGUCCUAUCAAUGUGUCUGUAAACACUAUCUGUUAUAGUGAUCGUUUGCAGGUUACGUGGAAUGUGGUUAAAAAGGGUGGACAAAUUGCAAACUACAAAGUUACCUGGAAGAAACGAUGUAUUGUGCCAAUUGACUCACAAGCAUGGUUGGUAUCAAAUAAUCCUCUAGUUACACAGGAGGGAGGACAAUACACAAUAUCUGGCUUGGAGAGCAGGACAACAUAUUGCAUAGAGGUGGAGGCAACUAACAGUGAUGGGUCAACAACAGCAAUGGCCAGUGCAACUACACUGUCAAUUCCGGACAAGCCUGUUCUGUUUUGUGAUCGUACGUUUGCAACAACAACAAGUAUAGUAGUAAACUGGACAGUCAGCGACGACGGUGGUGAUGACAUUGUACAAUACAAUGUUAUGUUGAGUAAAGAUCAGCAGUUUACACAGAUAGUGUAUUCAAGGAAUCUACUUGUCUUUAACAAUACUGAUUUGUCAGAAAAGGGUGGAACAUUUACUGUGCCAGGUCUUACUAAUGGAACAGCAUACUACACGAAGGUUGCAACAAAGAAUUGUGUUGGUGCGAGUGUUUCUGCUACACAGUCUUGCUCUACACACUGUGCUGAAUGUAUCUGUCCAUUCUUGCAACCACAAGCAGACAAAGAAGUAUUUCUGUCUGGUGACGCCAUAACACUGACAGUAAAGGCUCCUGAUCUUGGCUGCCAAAGUGUCAAAUACUUUGUUAGAGAUUUAAUGUCUGCUAAAAAUCUCGAGUCAUCAUAUUCUGUCAAGAAUGGUAUCGCAACUAUUACCAUAACGGGACUCAAGGCAGGAGCAAAUUAUACAGUUCAAGUGUAUGCAGCAGCUGAUCAGUCACAGGAACGUCCAGUAGGGAAAACAGUCACAAUAAGUAUUCAAAUAAGCAAUCAAAGUGGAUUGUCAUCGGGAGUCAUAGCUGCAAUUGCUGCUCCGCCUGUCAUCAUAGUCAUGAUUGUGUCUCUUGUUCUCUGGUGGUUUAAAGCCAGAAGAGCAUCUUCAGAGUCCAGACCUCCACACGUGGAAACUACAGAAGAUAUAAGAUCUGAUCAUGAUACUGUAAUGAGUCAGUCCAGUGCCUAUACUGCAUUCAAGGCCAUGGCAGGAGGAGGAAAUCCAGGAUCAGAAAUCAGAAUGCAGGAAUCGAACGCCUAUGGUGUUGGCAAGAUGCAACAGCCUGCCCACCCUGUUCCACAGUAUGAAGUUGUGAUGUAAGGUAAGGUCACGUGACGGAAUAACAAGCAAUUUACAAAUUGCACGCUUAUGGUGUUUUGCUGUUUGACUAAGCGCUAACUUAGUGAUUUAGUCUUUUCUCGUUGUGUAUGUCGCUUUGCAAGAGGAGUAAUGAACGCAUU